UUCUCGCGAAAUAACCAAACUCUCUUCUCGCGAGGCUAGGAACGUCAGCAUGGCGGUGCUCCUUGAAACAACACUGGGCGAUAUUGUAAUUGAUUUGUUUACAGAAGAAAGGCCUAAAACAUGCCUAAACUUUCUGAAGUUAUGCAAGAUAAAAUACUACAACUACUGUCUCAUCCACAAUGUUCAGAGAGACUUCAUUGUGCAGACUGGAGAUCCCACCGGUACAGGCCGUGGUGGAGAAUCCGUCUAUAGCAAACUCUAUGGGGACCAGGCCCGCUUUUUUGAUGCAGAGAAAGUGCCGCGCAUCAAACAUAGAAAGAGGGGGACUGUAUCCAUGGUGAACAAUGGAAACAAUCAGCAUGGUUCUCAGUUCCUUAUUACCACUGUUGAGAACCUGGACUACCUGGAUGGAGUCCAUACUGUGUUUGGGGAAGUUACAGAAGGCAUGGAUGUCUUGGCCAAAAUUAAUGAGACCUUUGUUGACAAGGACUUUGUCCCAUAUCAAGAUAUCAGGAUAAACCACACAGUGAUCCUGGAAGACCCAUUUGAUGACCCUGCUGAUCUGCCAGUCCCCGAUCGAUCACCUGAGCCCACCAAAGAGCAGCUAGAUAGUGGCAGAAUCAGAGCGGACGAAGUGAUUGAUGAGAAGGAUGGGAAAGGGGCCGAGGAGCUUGAGGAGAGACUGAAGGAGAAAGAGGCCAAGACUCAGGCCAUCCUGCUGGAGAUGGUAGGUGACCUGCCGGAUGCAAAUGUGAAGCCUCCUGAAAACGUUCUGUUUGUGUGCAAACUGAACCCAGUGACCACAGAUGAGGACCUGGAAAUCAUCUUCUCCCGCUUUGGGUGCAUAAAAAGCUGUGAGAUCAUAAGAGACUGGAAAAGUGGAGAUUCCCUCUGUUACGCUUUUAUUGAGUUUGAAAAGCAAGAGGAUUGUGAAAAAGCCUAUUUCAAAAUGGACAAUGUGCUCAUUGAUGAUCGACGCAUACAUGUGGACUUCAGCCAAUCAGUAUCAAAGAUCAAAUGGAAAGGGAAAGGUGGAAAGUAUACUAAAGAUGACUUCAAAGCCUAUGAGAGGGAGAUGGAGAACCGAUCCAAAUUGGCUCUCAGGGAUCAAGUUAAGCCAAAACAGGAUUCCAAGUAUGACCUGGUAAUUGAGGAGGAAGAGGAAGCAACAAGCCACAGGCACUCGGAGAAGAAGCACAAGGAAAAGAGGCACCACCACCAUCAUUCAGAUGAUGAGGACGGCAGGAAGUCAAAAAAGCAUAAGGACAGUGAGGAGAGCUGGCGUGACAGAAAAACAGGCCGACAGCGCUCUCGCUCCUCUUCCCGCUCAAGAGACAGGGACCACAAACACAGCAAGUCCCGGGUCAAACACGGGAAAGAGGGACGCGAUAAAGGCCACAACUACAGGGAGAAGAGCCACAGUCGCUCACCAAAGAAGUCCAAGGAUAAAGGGAGGAGCAGAUACAGAUGAGGGAGGGCAGGGAAGAAACGGCCUCCACCUUAAUCUUACUGAAUAUGUUUGAGACAGAGGAGAAUGGAGCCUCAGCUUCUGAAUAAUACAACAUGUAAUAUGGCAGCCUAAACUGCUGGAUCAAAUCAGUUAAUCAGUUGACCCUGACUUUUAGGAAAAAAAUCUGAUGAUUCACAUCCUGGUCACAUUGUCUUGAAGAACAAAAAUGUUUUGAGAAACUUUUUUAAUGUGUAUAUUAAAAAUAUUCCAUUUAAUGUGA